CCAAAUUCUUCAUCCCUAAACUCACGUUUUCCAAAGCAAAUUAUCAAAUCCUUCAACCCUCAAAACACGUUUUCCAUCUUUCAAUCGGUACGUCGAUAUCAAAGGAACAAGGCUACACCAAUGGCGAUUUCUUCCUAUGCUGCUGUUUCAAUCUCCAAAACCCUAAUGAAAACAUCAACCUCCAUUCCAAGAUUACCGAUCCAAAACCACCUCAACACAACCCACAAACCUAAACUCUCUCUGGCUUCCAUCUUCAGAUUACACACACCAAAACCACUCACCUCUAACACCUACCAACUGAACCAGAUAAAAUCCCUCUUCACAGGAAUAGUUGAAGAAAUGGGAGAAGUCAAGCAACUUGGUUUCGACGAAUCUGGUGAAUCAUUCGACAUGGUAAUUCAUUCGCCAACCGUCCUCCAAGAUGUCAAUCUCGGCGACAGCAUAGCUGUAAACGGCACUUGUUUAACAGUCACAGAAUUCGACACCCAACGAUUGGAAUUCAAAGCCGGGUUGGCCCCAGAGACGUUGAGGAAAACGUCGUUGAUGGAAUUGGAAAAGGGUUCGGUUGUUAAUCUGGAGAGGGCUGUGAAGCCCUCUACUCGAAUGGGCGGGCAUUUUGUGCAAGGGCAUGUGGAUGGAACAGGAGAGAUUGUUUCGAUGGAACCGGAGGGGGAUUCGUUAUGGAUUAAGGUGAAAACUUCUCCAGAGGUUUUGAAAUUUAUAGUGCCGAAAGGGUUUAUUGCGGUGGAUGGGACUAGCUUGACUGUGGUUAAAGUGUUUGAUGAAGAGGAGUGUUUCAAUUUCAUGAUGGUUGAGUAUACUCAACAGGAAGUUGUGAUUCCAUUGAAGAAAGUUGGGCAGAAGGUGAAUUUGGAAGUGGAUAUAUUGGGCAAGUAUGUGGAGAAGCUUCUUAGCAGUGGUUUUGUGGACACUAUCAAAACAAGAUGAUGAUGAUGAUGAUGAUGAUGAUGAUGAUGAUGAUGAUGAUCCCAUUUGAUGUACUCUUUAUCUUUUUUCAGGUUUUACUUUGAGUUUGAGCCAUGUAUCAAGCUUUCUGCAAUCUUGUAUUGGAGAUUUAUUAUAUGCUUUGUUGGUUUGAUUCUGAAAAAAUAAUAAAUUAGAACGGCAACUCACAUACUCUUUAA